AUGGUGUCAGACCAGGAGAUAGCGCAAGCCGUCGAGGCAGUUCUCCGUCAGUCAGACCCCAACGCCGUAACUUCUCUCAACGGCGUCGUGCAGCGCCUGGAGGCCAAGCUAGGGUUGAGCCUCGCCCACAAAGCCGAGUUUAUAAGAGAUCAGAUCACUUUCCUCCUCCGCUCCCACCCCGUUCCCAAAGACCAGCUUCCCCCUCAACCUCACCCCCAUUACCUCAUUCCUCAGCCAUUUCACCAACCUCAUUUCGCCCUCCAGCAGCAAACUGACCCUGCCUUCACGCAGCCGCCACUGCCGCCGCCGCCACAAGUGCUACACCCACAGCCUCCGCGGCCCAAAGAAGAGAAUGCGGCAGCAAAUGCUUCUGAAACGCCCAAAGGAAGAGCCCCAGCCGGAACCAAAAGAAGGGGUGGUCCUGGAGGUCUAAACAAACUAUGUGGUGUUUCACCUAAACUUCAGGCGAUUGUUGGGCAGCCAGAAUUACCAAGGACAGAGAUAGUGAAACAGCUGUGGGUGUAUAUUAGGAAGCAUAACCUUCAGGAUCCAGAGAACAAGAGAAAGAUUAUCUGUGAUGAUGCUCUGCGGUUGGUUUUUGAGACAGACUGCACUGACAUGUUCAAGAUGAAUAAGCUGUUGGCAAAGCACAUUUUGCGACUUGAUCCAACGAAAGAACCAGUUCAAGCCAAGAAAUCAAAAGUUGAAGAUGAUUCUACAAAGCAAAGUUCUGAUCCCAGUCUUCUUCCUGUGAUAAUAUCAGAUGAACUAGCAAAAUUUUUUGGAACUGGAGAAAAAGAGAUGCUUCAGUCGGAGGCUUUGGGGCGUGUCUGGGAGUACAUAAAAGCUAACCAACUAGAGGAUCCACUGAGUUCUAUGGUUAUUCAUUGUGAUGCGAAGCUUCAGGAGCUUUUGGGGUGUGAAAGCAUUUCUGCUUUGGGAAUUCAGGAGAUGCUUUUGCGCCAUCAUUUACUGAAGCAAUGUUAAUGUUUUCUUGUAUGUGAAUGGUAUCUCGAUGCUGUAGUUUGCUAGUUUAUGAUGACAUGACUGAUGCUGCCAUAUGGAGAUGUGAUUCUAGUUUCUAUCGAUUUGUCUAAUGUUUAGAUGCUAUGGUGUCACUAAGAUCAGAGUGUGACUUAGUACCCCUCCUGUAUGUGGGCUAGAAUCGUUUUGUAAUUAUGGUGCCGUAGCUUGUUUAGGGUGUUGUUAAUCUAUCUGACUGCUGCCGUUGUAACGGAUAGGAUGAAAUAGAUACAUGACCGACUGUGAACACCUUAUGAUUGGUGUACAGAUGCUGCCUCUUGUAUCAUACAUGGCAAAGAUGUUUCGCUGUUGUUUGUA